CAGUCGUGGUGCAAGCAGCCAUGUUGCCGCGAGCUUGUUCCGGUAUCAGGGCAGGAUCGUGCGCAUAGACUGCAAUCGGGCGCAGCUCUUCGACUCUCUCCCCCUGUCGCCCGUGACACGCACCUCCUUAACAAGAAUACCCCCGUUUACCGAUAAUGGAUUUUACAACUUGAUCAGUCUUUCUUCCGUCGGCUGGUCUUGGGGAUAAUAGCAGUCGGUGUACCGACGGGACGAACACUGCAGUGCAGCACUGUUGAACGACCUUAUUCCAAUCACGCAGCACAAGGAAGAGCGCCGGUGAUUUCCGUGGAUUUUGAGUUUUGCGGGUUGCUCUGUGGCCGCAGGAGAAUCACCAACUAGCGAGCUUGCUUCGAAAAAACACUGAAUUAGCUACAUGGGCUAAUACUGGCUAGCGCAACAGAUUAAUUCGUGUUUUUCACCUGCCAUGUGACCAUUUUACAUGGUGCUGCUUUUAUUUUAAGGUACCCUACCCUGGAUAUCUCGCUGGGAACAUUUUGAAUUGUUUUGUGUGAGUUGAAAAGGUCGAGACCUCGCCGGGAAUAACUUUGGCCUGAAAGUUUUGUAGACCCCGGACCUGGUUUCCAACCUGAAAGGAAACGUCCGUGCCACAAAAAAAAGAGAAACAGGCGUCGACACUGCGCUGUUGAAGUCAGACGUUAGUUAGCAACUUUACAGGUUAGCAUGCUAGCCACCUAAUUGAACCUUGUCUUGUUCAAUACAACCAUUGCCACAACUUUUCUUCAAGCUAACCCAAGUAGCUAGCUAGCUGGCCAAAACGCCCUAGCAUCAGGUUGGUAACUCACUGGUCACCAUUGACACUGAUACAUGCUAAUUAGGAACUGGAUGUUUUCACAUAAAGACCGAAGCUGAAAAAGACAUUUAGCUUUUUCCUGUUAUAUGCUUGUUGACAAACAUGGGACGUACGGUUGCUGCUAGCUAGUUUCUAGCUAGCUGGCUAACUCGGCUAGUCGCUGAUGUGGGAUUCAACUUGUUGAUUCACGGGCUAUCUGUUGUGCUGCUAGCUGGCUAGCACUGGGGAUCUGGAACUGGAUUUUUCCUCUACCAUCAGCUAGCCAGAUUUUAAAUGCACAAAAGACACUAAAGAAUCGUUUUUGUUUCACUGUUCCUUUCCCCUUUUUGGCAACUUCAAGUCUUUCAAAAAUGUCAACAAGGACCCCACUGGUGCAAGUCAUUGAAAAUUCGACCGGGCAGGAGACUAAGUCAUCCGGUCGCUCCAGCAUGCCGCGAUGUCGGAACUCCGUUGCCACGACCACAACAGAUGACCAGCCGCACAUUGGUAACUAUCGGUUGCUAAAAACCAUUGGCAAAGGCAACUUCGCCAAGGUCAAACUGGCACGACACGUCCUCACCGGAAAAGAGGUGGCUGUAAAGAUCAUUGAUAAGACACAGCUCAAUUCCUCCAGUUUGCAGAAGCUCUUCCGGGAGGUGAGGAUUAUGAAGAUGUUGAAUCACCCCAACAUAGUCAAGCUCUUUGAGGUGAUAGAGACAGAGAAGACUUUGUACCUGGUAAUGGAGUAUGCUAGUGGAGGAGAGGUCUUUGAUUACUUGGUGGCCCAUGGAAGGAUGAAGGAGAAAGAAGCCCGUGCCAAAUUCAGACAGAUUGUGUCAGCAGUGCAGUAUUGCCAUCAGAAGUGUAUAGUACACAGAGACCUCAAGGCAGAGAACCUUCUGCUGGACGCAGACAUGAACAUCAAGAUAGCAGACUUUGGCUUCAGUAAUGAAUUCACUCUGGGGAACAAGCUGGACACGUUCUGUGGCUCUCCACCGUAUGCUGCCCCAGAGCUCUUCCAGGGAAAGAAGUACGAUGGGCCGGAGGUGGACGUCUGGAGCCUGGGGGUGAUCCUCUACACGCUUGUUAGCGGCUCGUUGCCCUUUGAUGGACAGAACCUCAAGGAACUGAGAGAGCGCGUCCUACGUGGUAAAUACAGGAUUCCGUUCUACAUGUCCACCGACUGUGAAAACUUGCUCAAAAAGUUCCUCAUUCUGAACCCCUCCAAAAGAGGCAGCCUCGAGCAGCAGAUAAUGAGGGACCGGUGGAUGAAUGUGGGUCACGAGGAGGAAGAACUUAAACCCUACAUCGAACCCCAGCCAGAUUAUAAAGACCCCAGGCGGACAGGUAGGAACGGAACAGCUCGCAAAAUUGACAUCAUGCUGACAAUGGGAUUCUCUCAAGAGGAGAUCCAGGACUCGCUGGUGAACCAGAAGUACAAUGAUGUGAUGGCUGCAUACCUGCUAUUGGACUUUAGGAAUUCUGAGCUGGAUGAAGGUGGCAUCAAGCCCCGGCCAGGAAGUGAUGUAAGCAACAUAAAUGCUCCCUCCCCGCCUCACAAGGUACAGCGCAGUGUGUCGUCCAACCAGAAGCCUCAGAACCGCAGAGCCACCGACCAGGGCUCCUACUCUAAGAGGGGGGGUCAAUCAGACAACCGGACUGCAGGGGAGGAUUCUGGGAGGAAAGGUUCAGGCAGCUCCACUACCAAGGUGCCGGCCAGUCCUCUGGUCCCUUCUGACCGCAAGAAGAGCGCCACGCCCUCCACCAAUAGCAUCCUGUCCACUGGUACUGGUCGCAGUCGGAACUCUCCUCUGACUGAGAGAGCCACGCUGGGCCAGGGCAUCCAGAACGGCAAGGACAGCCUAAACACUCCGGGCUCCCGCGCCUCGACUGCCUCUGCCGCUGCCGUCCUCUCCUCCUCCUCCUCGCGUCCCCGACACAACAAGUCCCUGUCCUCCUCCAAUCAUCCCUGCCCCUCUGACCUGCACGCACCACGGCCCAGUGCCCCUACUCAGCGGGCGCCCGGGGCCUCCCCAUCUGCCCACAACAUCAGCAGCGCUGCCGCAUCAGACCGCACCAACUUCUCCCGAGGGGUGGGGAUCCGCAGCACAUUCCAUGCAGGCCAGCAGCGGGGUGCCCGGGACCAGCAGGGCUCCGCCUACCCCGGCGGGCCCGCGUCCCCAUCACUGUCACAUGGCAACAGCCAGGCCCGGAGGACACACGGAGCCACAGGGAUUUUCAGCAAGUUCACGUCCAAGUUUGUACGCAGAAAUCUGUCGUUCAGGUUUCCGAGAAGGAGUCCGUAUGAGGGAGAGGGUCGGGAUGAGGGGAGCAGGUCUAUGCUGAGCAGCACAGUGGACAAGUCCGAGAAGACGUCCGGCGGUGUUCUCUCCUCUUCUUCCAACAACGAUGAGAACAACUCCUCCCCAGGAUCUGGUAACACGGGUGGCACCGGCACCCCUCCUGCCAUCGGCAGCCAGAAGGACUCGGCCAAGCCGCGCUCGCUUCGCUUCACCUGGUCCAUGAAGACCACGUCGUCCAUGGAGCCCAUGGAGAUGAUGCGCGAGAUCCGCAAGGUGCUCGACUCCAACAGCUGCGAGUACGAGAUGCGCGAGCGCUACAUGCUGCUGUGCGUGUCGGGCAACCCGGCGCGCGACGACUUCGUCCAGUGGGAGAUGGAGGUGUGCAAGCUACCGCGGCUCUCCCUCAACGGCGUGCGCUUCAAGCGCAUCUCAGGCACAUCCAUCGCCUUCAAGAACAUUGCCUCAAAGAUUGCAAACGAACUCAAACUGUGAGUGCGGCGGAGCAGCAAGGAGAGAUGAGAUUAAAGGGCGGAGGUGGGCGGGUGAAGGGGGUGAUAGUGAGGAGGAGGAUGACGAUGAUGCUGUAAGCGGGGUGGGGGCACUGUGGAGGUAAGCUACAGGUUGGUAACACUUUAAAAAAAAUAACACGAUUGUUAUCUGGACAAAGGUCUGAAGUAGGGCUAUUGGUUCUUUGAGACUAGAAAACGUUUCUUUUCUAGGAGUUUUGUUCCUAAAGUUCACGAGGCCCUGCCAGAAGAAACUCUGAGUCGAUUUCCUCUGAGUUGUGAAGUACUUAUAGACCGAGGUCUGCUCUCUUCCCUGCUGUUUUUUUUGUUUUUUUGUUGUUGUUUUUUUGUCACGUUCUACUAGACGUUCCACUCUUUUGCAUGUCCGAUCUGCUCUCUCUGUUUUUAGUAGUCUCACUUUGAUCACUUUGACCACUCAUGUCACAUCUUCCUGCUAUUUAUUCCGUUUAUCUGCACGGUUCUGCUGCCUGGUCUUUUUGGGUAGGAGGGAAACCAGGUUUAAAAAAAGAAAUGUAAAAAAAUAAA